CUGGUAUUCAUUUUUAUCCACAACAAAACCAGAUGGUAAAUCCUGCCUUUGGUGGUGCUCUCAGACCUGUUUCAGCCAAUGUCUUGAAGGGAGCUGGCCGCAAAAAGUUUAAUCAGAAAGAUUACAGCAGAGAUUUUGACGUGAGGACUAGACCUAAAAAUUUUGUCAAAGAUCGGGAAGGCCUCUACGAGGAUGCUAUUAAAUUCAAAAAAGCUAAUAAUAAUCUAAAAUAAAGAGAACACUAAGCUCAAGACUACCGUCAGAAAACUAGAAAGUGAGCUGAUGGCCCAACAAAGAGAAAUGGAUGAAUAUAUAUUUAACCAAAACCAAGGCAGGCUUGACUUCAAUCCUAGAUAUUCUGAUGGAAUGAACAGCUCCUACAUGAAACGGCCAAACUCAAAUCUGAUUCAGAACUUAAAGGCCCAAGUGAAAGAACUAAGGACGGAUAUAAAGAAGAAGGAGGAAGAGGUCCUAAAAAUCAAAAGAACACUCAAAGCCACAAAUAUUCAGGAACUAGAAGUAGAAAUGAAGUUAUAUGUUGAUGAAUGAACAAGGCUUAGACAUAUGCUCGAAGAGAAAAUGAUGGAAACUAACCAAAUUGACCCAGCUGAGCUUCAGAAGUUACAAGAGCAAUUCCAAAUGCAGGAUAAUUAUUUGGUGAAUCUGCAAAACGAAAACCAGGAGUUGGCUGAGACGUGUGCCAAGAUGCAGCAAAUCAUGCAACAGCAGCAGGAUGAUAAAGGCAAGGAUUCUAAAUUAAAAUCGAAGUUAAAGAAAAUCACUGCUAACAAGAAUAAAUUAUCUAAGAAUUUAAAAUCAAAAGAGAGGGAAUUGAGGCAACUCAAAGUUGACCUAAGCACCGCCAAGCAGCUAUCUAAAGGGGAUACUAGUGUUGUAAAGUCCAUGCAAGAACAAAUUUCACAGCUCAAGAAAGAUCAUAAGAGUCAGGAAAAGAUUCUAAAUAAUCUUCGACAGGAUAACCAGAACAAGGAUAAUAUUAUCCAGUCGUUGACUGAGCAGAUCAGGAAGAUGGAAGAGAACCCAUCUCAACCUGCUAGAGUAGAGUCUAAUACUUAUUCACAGAAUGUUUAUGAAAAUACAGCUUAUCAGCAGCCUAAAAAUGAAGAGCGGAAAUCUGAAAAUACUGAGAGUGACCACCAAGAUGACGAUGAUGAUGACUAUAAAGAUGACAGCUACGAAGACCCACAGGAGUCAAACAUUGUUGAAGACACCCAGCCUCAUGGAGAAGUGGAUAACAAAGAUGAAGAAAUUAAGGGAGAGACUAAGAGCAUCAUCAGUGAAAUCGAAGUCGACCCUCUUUUUGAGAAAGUCCAACUCAUAUUGCAGAGAAAAGGGAUUGAGUAUAAUAAAAUGGGCGAGAUGUUACCUAAGCCAGUGACUAUUAUAUCUCUCGAGCAUAAGCUCAAGUCUAUGGGCCUCAAAGACCCUGAGGAAAGACUUGCCAUUAGUAGGUAUAUCGUAGAGCCACGGGACGAAAGAAAAGUAGAAUUUAAUGAAAAUAGAGAGAUAUCUAACUCGAAUGCAGAGAAUAUCCUCAAAUCAAAAAUAGAUGCUUAUACUGUAUUUAAAAAUGAUGAGGAAGAAUAUAAGAAAAGAGUCCGGCAGCAAAUUGGGAGGUAUACUAGCACUCUUACAGAUGCUCUAGAGUGAGAAGACCUCGAUGGGACAGGAUAUAUGCCUGCAAAUGCCUUGAAAGGAUGCUUCCAUGCAAUGGAUAUCAACCUAGAUAAUGAUCUUAUUGAAUAUUUGAUAUAUCUCUCUGGAGUUUUGGAAAAGAUUGGAUCAUCUAAUCAUCUCAUGCUUGAAUAUUCUAAAAUUGUAGAACUAGCAGAGAAGCAAGAUUCAGAAGAAUCAUCAAAACCACAGAAAGAUGACAGAAAGUCAACAGAUUUGCUUGGGGAUGAUUACUCAGAUGGCUAUGGAGAUGACUUCGAAGAUGACAAGCACGACCAGACCGGUGCUUCACAAGGCGUUGAUGACUCUAAAGACCAAGAACUUAAGAAACUCAUUGCUACUGACGAUAAAGACCCCGAAGUUGAAACUGACAAGAGCAAAGACCAACAUGACUCACAAGAUGAAGAUGCUGAAAUUGAUGAUGAACAGAUGAUCACGAUUGCAGAGAACUGUCUGAUCAGGAUUGCUGAAGAACUCCUCAACAAAGACAUGACAGUCCGUCAGCUGUUCGAAGGCGAAAUCUUAGCAGAAGAAAUUGAAGGCCAGAAAAUUGAGUUGUUGUUCCCGACGAGUUUCUUGGAUGGAAUCCAGAAGCUUGGCAUCACAGACUUCUCCGACUUAGAAAAUGCCUGACUCAUGAAUGUUCUUGCAAAGCCACAGCUUGAAAAUACAAUUUUGUUGGACGAACUCAUCGAUAUCAUGGAGAACCUGGGCAUUCCAGAUGGAGAAGGCGGUCAGGUUCAGCAAGAUCUGGGUGCACAGGAGUCAGUUGAGCCAGACCAAGAAGCAUCGAAGCCUACAGAAUCAGGGAAGCAGAAGAAGAAAGGAGUCGAUUUAGACGGACUGUCUGAUGACUCUAAGAACCUUCUGCUUAACUUCGUCAUCUUUCUAGAAUCUGAAAGCAUGACUGCUGCAAACUUUUUCCAAGAAGUAAAAUACGAACAAAUGAUUAAAACAAAGAAGAACAAACAGAGUAGUGUAGACAUCGUUCCUGCUGAUGAUUUCUUCAGACUUAUGGAAGAGAACUAUGAAAUAGUCUCUGAUGUGAACCUUACAGAGGAAGUCAAGAAAGAACUGCAAGAAAUAUUGUGAUUAGAUUCUAACUACAAGGAGUUGCUCUUCAUGAAGAAGAUAGAUAAAGCGCUGAACGAGAUUAAAAAUAUAUCUUAA